CAGGUACCAGCGGCCGUGCCCGCCCGGCUUCCCUCCCUUCCUUCCAGCGGCGUUCAACAUUCAGCAGCAGUACCAGCACCAGCAUGGUCCCAGCGUGUGGCGGCAUCACCACCUCCUCUCUCCGCUUCUUCAGCGCCGCUCUGCUCAGGGCCUGUCGCCUGCACACCAGCGCGCCCAGAAAUGAUGCGGUGGUCAUCUCUGGGAGAAGGCUCGCCCGGCAGAUCCGGGGAGAAGCCAAGCUCGACGUGGAGAACUGGGUAGCUGAUGGGAACAGGAGACCACAUCUCAGCGUUAUCUUGGUGGGCGAGAACCCAGCCAGCCACUCCUACGUGAAGAACAAAACCAAAGCUGCUGCUGACGUGGGGAUCACGAGCGAGACCAUUCUGAAACCGACGAGCAUCACCGAGGAAGAGGUCCUUGAGUUGAUCACCAAGCUGAACAAUGACACCAGAGUGGACGGGUUGCUGGUCCAGCUUCCUUUACCAGAACAUCUCGAUGAGCGCAAGAUCUGCAACGCCGUGUCUCCCACGAAAGAUGUGGACGGGUUUCAUGUCAUCAACGUGGGCCGCAUGUGCCUCGACCAGAACUCCAUGUUGCCCGCCACGCCCUGGGGCGUGUGGGAAAUCAUCCAGCGCACAGGAAUUGCGACCCUUGGGAAGAAUGUGGUAGUCGCUGGGCGGUCAAAGAACGUUGGGAUGCCCAUCGCCAUGUUGCUUCACACAGAUGGCGGGCACGAACGGCCAGGAGGUGAUGCCACUGUAACCAUCUCUCAUCGAUACACCCCCAAAGACCAGCUGAGGGAGCAUACAAAGCUUGCUGACAUUAUUGUGGCCGCAGCAGGUAUUCCCAACCUGAUCACUGCUGACAUGAUAAAAGAGGGAGCUGCUGUCAUUGAUGUUGGCAUCAACCGUGUCCAAGACCCGGUCACUGGCAAACCCAGACUUGUGGGAGACGUGGAUUUUGAAGGGGUGAAGAAGAAAGCCAGUUUCAUAACGCCAGUGCCUGGCGGGGUUGGGCCCAUGACGGUGGCCAUGCUGAUGAAGAACACCAUCAUAGCAGCCAAGAAGCUUCUGAAACCGCGGGAGAACUGAGCACCUUGUCGCCCUGUGCCCGCGCGGUGGAACCGGGGCCCGCGGCCCCUGCUGAACAUUCCGAUGUCCUUGUUUGCACCUCCCCGUAACAGCGGCUGACAGCUGAGCAGUUGUUUCUUGCACUGUCCUUGAGGGAAUUGUGUUUUCCUGUUUACAGUGAUUGUAACUUAUUUGGGAGGACCUCGCUCGAGAGGUUAAGGAAUGUGCAAUUUUUAAACGUUUGUUGCAAAGAG